AUGACGACACUCUUUGAGCUACACAACGUUCUCUACCAGCUGCAACAUGGUGUUAGACACGGUCGAUCUUGUGAGACACAGUUGCUUGAGCUUACAACAACUCUUCAAGCAAACCUUAACGCGACAGCGCAGACAGAUCUUGUAAUCAUGGACUUUUCAAAGGCCUUCGACACGGUCUGCCAUAACCUGAAGCUCCUAGCAAAACUGGACUUCUAC